AUGGCGAUUCCAGCUAAAGUUACUAUAGUUGGUCCAUGGAAGCAGAUUGUAAGCAUAAAUGACACCUUAGUAAGAAGAGGCAUAGAUCUAAAGAAGGUUAUCAGGGCAGAAAUAUCUAACGGCUCAAAUACAUAUUUUUGGCUAGAUAAUUGGUUGGGUGAAAUACCAUUACACAUCAGGUUCCCAAAUAUUUUUUCUCUUGAAAAUAAUAAGCUUUGCAAGGUCAAUGAACAUUUUUCUCCAAACAGCUCCGGUCCGCAGGUUACAUGGGAUUGGGCUAGGCCCAUUUUAGUAGGAAUUGAAAGCACAGAACUUCAAAAUCUUUUGGAUGUAUUACUUGCUGCUAUUGUUUCACAAGGUUUAGACAAACAGUUUUGGAAGCUGGAUUCAUCGAGUCUAUUUACAGUUUCGAGCAUCAAAAAAUUUUUAAGCUCGGUUGAUAGAACACAGCCAAGCCGGGUUUUCUCAUGGAAUAACUGGACGCGGAAAAAGGUGGGUAUGGUGGCUUGGAGGGCGGAGAAGGAUAAGCUUCCAACUAGAGACGCGUUGCUUAGAAGACGAAUUAGUAUUACCGAUGCGGCUUGUGUAUUAUGUGGAGACUAUGUGGAAUCGAGUGAACAUUUAUUCGUCGCAUGCCAGUUCGCUCAAAAGUGUGGUAGAAUAUUGCCUCCUGGUGCAAAAUUCCACCCAUUGUUGCUUUCGAGUUCAAAGAUUUGUUGGAUCUUCACGGUUACAGUUCGGGGUCGCGGAAAAGAAAAAACUCGUUGCAAGCAAUCAUCCAUAUAG